GGAACCAAAACCAGACCAACCAGCCAAGUUGCCUCCUCCAUUUCAAAGACACACCCUGAAACUGAAAGCCUCAAACAAGCUCAACUCUCGCGAUUCCCGAGGACGAAGAUAACUGCCUCCACAACAACAAACUCAAAAGCACGAAUCUUUGUCUCCAUCUCUCCUCGUUUUCGCAACUUCGGAUUUUGAAUUUGAAGAACAGUUUGAAAUCGGAAAAAUGGCCGCCGCUGCGGCGUGUAGACGGGUCGCCCAAUCCGGGAGGAUCGGGUUGUCCGGGUUCGGACCCCUCGGCGGUUCGAAAUUGAGUCCUCCGAGUUUGCCGCACCGGCAUUUGGAUUGUAGGCUCAUUUCGGAGCUUGUCAAAUCUAAUAAUGGAAAGCGCCUUUUUCUUGUUGACACAUUAGCCUUGGUUAGGAGAUUAGAGGGGCAAGGGGUGCCAUCGAAACACGCCGAGGCGAUAACUGCUGCCAUCACUGAAGUUUUAAAUGACAGCUUGGAGAAUGUGUCACAGUCGUUCGUUUCCAAGGGGGAGCAGCAGAAGAAUGAGAUGAUCCAAGACUCCAACUUGUCCAAAUUCAAAUCCGAAGUUCAAAGUUCGCAGGGUCACCAUUUUUCUUUGUUGCAACACGAGACUGAAAAACUUCGGAAUGAUAUAGAGAAGAUGCGCAAUGAAUUGAGGUAUGAAAUUGACAAAGUUACUGCAGGGCAAAGGUUGGACUUGAAUCUUGAAAGGGGGAGGAUACGAGAAGAGCUAGCAAAUCAGAAUGCUGAAACCAAUAACCUUACUAACAAACUUGAUCGGGAAAUUCAUGCUUUGCGCGCGCAAGUGGAAGCCGCUAAAUAUGAAGUCAUAAAAUACUGCAUAGGUACUCUUGUUUCCAUAUCUGCUGUUGGUCUUGCUGUACUACGUAUCUUGAUGUAAACUUUGUUCCAUAGUUACUGGUGACAAACCCAAUAGGGGAUUUGUGAAAAGGUUCAUUCUUUUUAGUAGCCUUUUCAAGCUGUUGUUGUAUUCUUAAGAAUUAUCAUAAAGAUAUAAUCAUAUAAAUGAUAAUGCAAGUAAAUCAUUGUCAGUGGGGCUUAAGGAAGAGUUUUCAGUUUCU